GUAUUUUUUAUCACUAUCACUCGCUUUUUGAAAACUGAUUUUAACAUGUUGCGUGCGGUUUGUAGAUUCUGUGAUUCGAAAUGUGCGAAAAUACUCCACUACAAAGCUACCAACCUACGACUCAUGUUGCCUUGUAAGUCAACAAGGAGAAAUGAAAUAAUUAAUUACAUACGAAUUAUAUAUAAACGUAUAUGUCUUUUUCACAGCCAAAGGAACCCAGUUGGUCGAUCAAGACCUUGACGGAAGAGUCGGGAGGCAAAGACGCGCCGGAAGAAAUUACUAUGGACAGAUUGCGCCACUUGCAUAAACUAGCACAACUGAACAUACCAGAAAAUGCAGAGCAAGUCGAAGAACUGAAAGAAGAUAUUAAUAGCAUCGCUCACUUUAUGAAAAAAGUUAGAAAAGCCGACAUACCCGCCAGCACAGAACCAUUAGUCAGUUUGUGGCAGGACCAGAUUGGUCAAACUUUGCGACCAGAUGUACCCACUUACACAAAAGAUGAAGUCCGGGGAAGGGAGCUUCUUAAAAAUGCAAAGAAAACAAGUGGACAUUUCUAUGUAGCAAGAUCAAACGUAGCAUUAACGGAGCAAUGAAGAAAAAAUAAACUGAGGGGAUUUUUUAUGCAAAUGGGAGGGGUGUUCACCUUUAUUCUCUAACAUUGAAUUUAAACAUGACAAAACAGAAAUGUGGGGGGCAAAUUGUCAGAUAUACGAUCACUUCUACUGUAUAACAGAUCUUGUACGUUUUGUCUCA